GGUAACUCUAUGCAUGCGCAGUGAAACCUUCUUCAAUUGCAUUUGGACGGGAAGGCUUCCCGUCUGGACGGGUUGGAGUCCCGUCCAGACGAUACGCACAGGAACAUUUAUAUGUUUGCAGGGAUACGUAGUCCUCUGCAGACCAUUUCAGCCCUGUCAGGGAACUGCGGACGCGACCCUGACAGGAUACCGCCGUUACCUGCAUGACAUUUGUACCCUGCAGAAUACAUAAUUAUCUUGCAGAAGAAAAAAACAUUCCUGGGAUCCCGUUUAGACGGGACUCCAACCCGUCCAGACGGGAAGGCUUCCCGUCUGGACGGGAAGCCAUCCCGUCUAGACGGGAACCCAUCCCGUCUAGACGGGAACCCAUCCCGUCUAGACGGGAACCCAUCCCGUCUAGACGGGAACCCAUCCCGUCUAGACGGGAUGGCUUCCCGUCCAGACGGGAAAGCUUCCCGUCCAAAUGCAAUUGAAGAAGGUUUCACAGCACAUGCGCAAUGUUACCCUCCCCUGUUCAGGCAUUAGCUUAUGGAGCAUAGAACAAUGACUAGUGUGGGCUCCUGCUGCAUUAUAUGAGCGUCGCCGGCACCAUUUUUCGUGUGGCUUUCACUGAAGGCAUUUUGCAGCUUUGUAGAACGUUGCUUGUCUCCUGAUGUUUAUCUUAGAUGAUGGCUCAUGAGCGGUCGCUAAAUCGUAGAUAGGCGGGGCGGACGACCCGAACAGUAUCACCACCUGCGAUAGGUACCUGGGUGCGCCCACGCCACCACAGGCACCCAGUCAUGCACCUCGAUGUCCUGAUGCUGCUGGGCGGGCUUGCACCGUCAAGGCUGGUUCUGCAGGCGUGCUGGCGCCGUGGGUGGGGCUGGGGGCUGGGGGCGGACAGCACGAACCGUAUCACCACCUGCGAUGCUACCUGGGCGCACCCGCGUCAGGGCACACCACAGUAGGCACCCCGGCAUGCCGCUUGAUGUUUUGAGGCUGCUGCGUGGACUUGCACCUCAAGGCAGGUUGUGCAGGCGUAUGGGCGGCGUGGGUGAAGCGGUGGGUGGGGGUAGGGGCUGGGGGUGGACAGCACGAACCGUAUCGCCACCUGUGAUGCUACCUGGGCGUGUUCGCGUCGGGGCACGCCGCCACAGGCAACCCGUCAUGCCGCUUGAUGUUUUGAGGCUGCUGCGUGGACUUGCACCGUCAAGGCAGGUUGUGCAGGCGUAUGGGCGCCGUGGCAGGGGCGGGUGGGUGUUGGGGUGGGGGCGGUGGGGGUGGGGGCUGGGGGUGGGGGCUGGGGGCCGACGGCACGAAUCGGUGUCACCACCGGCGAUGCUACCUGGGCAUGUUAGCGUCGGGGCACGCUGCCACAGGCACCCAGACAUGCUACUGGAUGUCUUGAGGCUGAUGCGUGGGCUUGCACAGUCAAGGCUGGUGGCGCAGGCGUGCUGGCGCCGUGGGUGGGGCUGGGGGCUGGGGGCGAACAUCACGAACCGGUGUCACCACAUGCGAUGCUAUCUGGCGCACCCGAGUCAGGGCAAGCCACCACAGACACCCAGGCAUGUCACUGGUUGUCCUAAGGCUGCGAUUCGGGCUUGUCCCGCAAGGCAGGUGGCGCAGGCGCGUGGGUGCCGUGGCGGGGCCGGGUGGGCGUUGGGGGUCGGGGCUGCGGGCGGACAGCACGCACUGUAUCGCCACCUGCGAUGCUACCUGGGCGCACCCGCGUCAGGGCACACCACUGUAGGCACCCCGGCAUGACGCUUGAUGUCCUGAAGCUGCGACCCGGGCUUGCACCGUCAAGGCAGGUUGUGCAGGCGUGUGGGUGCCGUGGCGGGGCCGGGAGGGUGUGGGGGUCGGGGCUGGGGGCGGACAGCACGAACCGUAUCGGGGGUCUCGGGCGCAUCCUUUCUGGUAGUCCCAAGCAACGCCCGGCCGCCGUCGUCCAGCCCAGCCAUCCCAAUACAGCAGCCGCUUUCUGUCAGCCAGCCAUGGGCGCGACCGUCCACAGCGUUUAUCGUCGGUUACGAGGUAACAUGUGAAUUCGCAACUUGCGCUACUGACUGCCUACUCUCGUGCCGCCUGCAAGCCCACUCCGCCGUCCGCUCUGGUCUACGUACGCAUUCGUUCCCACCACACUCGUCAUUAUCACCACCUGCGAUGCUACCUGGGCGCACCCGCGUCAGGGCACACCACUGUAGGCACCCGGCAUGCCGCUUGAUGUCUUGAGGCUGCUGCGUGGACUUGCAUCGUCAAGGCAGGUGGCGCAGGCAUGUGGGCGCUGUGGCGGGGACGGGUGGGGGUGGGGGUGGGGGGUGGGGCGGGCGGUCUGCACGAACCGUAUCACCACCUGCGAUGCUACCUAGGCGCAUCCGUGUCGGUGCACGCCGCCAUAGGCAUUCAGGCAUGCACCUCGAUGUCCUGAUGCUGCUUGGUGGGCUUGCACCGUCAAGGCAGGCGGCGCAGGCGCAUGGGCUCCCCAUGGCGGGGCGGGUGGGGGUGUGGGCUGGGGCGGACGGCACGAACCGUAUCACCACCUGCGAUGCUACCUGGGUGCCACCGUGUCGGGGCACACCGCCACAUGCACCCAGGCAUGCCACUGAAUGUCCUGAGGCUGCGACCCGGGCUUGCACCGCAAGGCAGGUGGCAGGCGGCGGGGCUGGGUGGGGGUGGGGGCUGGGGGCGGACAGCACCAACCGUGUCACCAUGAGAUGCUACCUUGGCGCACCCGAGUCGGGGCAAGCCGCCACAGGCUCCCAGGCAUGCCGCUUGAUUUCCUGAGGCUGCUGCGUGGGCUUGCACCGUCAAGGCAGGUUGCGCAGGCGUGUGGGCGCCAUGGCGAGGCGGCUGGGUGGGGCUGGGGGCUGGGGGGCGGUCUGCACGAACCGUAUCACCACCUGCGAUGCUACCUGGGUGCCGCCGUGUCGGGGCACACCGCCACAGGCACCCAGGCAUUCCAAUGAUUGUCUUGAGGCUGCUGCGUGGGCUUGCACCGUCAAGGCAGGUUGCGCAGGCGUGUGGGCGCCAUGGCGGGGCGGGUGGGUGGGGGUGUGGGCUGGGGGCGGACGGCACGAACCGUAUCACCACCUGCGAUGCUACCUGGGUGCCGCCGUGUCGUGGCACUCCGCCACACGCACCCAGGCAUGCCACUGAAUGUCCUGAGGCUGCGACCCGGGCUUGCACCGCUAGGCAGGUGGCGGGCUGGGCGGCGGGGCCGGGUGGGCAUGAAUGGCUUGGUUCUGUGCUGUGUGCAUGCAAUAACUGCUGUAUGUGGCUGCAGGACCUGCGGCGGCUCUUUAGGUGGAUUACCCAGGAGGCGUGGUGUUGGUGGGGAAUAAGUAGAAUAAGUUUGGGAUCAGUGGGGUUGACACCAGGCUCGAUGUGAAGGUAGUCAAGGCUGGUGUAAAUUGGUUGGUGCAAGAGGCCUGCUUGCAAUGUAGGGGAGGACCUUGAGGGUGCUGAGUGAAGGAUUACAAGUCAAGGGCGGAAGCUAUCACUUGACAUGUGAGGGGACAUUUGAGGGGACAUGUGAGGGGGCGGGUGAGGGGAUUGGGGGGUAACUAGAGUAACAGGGCAGGGGUAGCAGGGGGCAACAAGGGAUACAAGUGGGAGAGUAGUUGAAGGGGGCCCGAACACCCUCAUUCAGCUAACGCAGCCCUGAGCAUAAGAACUACUGUGAGAUAGAGACAAAUGUCUUGUAUCAAAGGAGCUGUCGUAUUGCUGUUGUGGAAAGUGUAUUGCUGUUGUGGAAAGUGUCAGGUUCGUCAGAUGCCUGGUGAAUUACUGUGUCAGGGGCCAUACAUGGUACUCAAGCGAAAUGUUCUCCCAUCAAGCAUAUAAAAGCUUUUGAAGUAGAGCUAGCAGAUAGUAAAGCAGGACUUGUGGUGCCCUUGUUUGAUGGGGGUUGACGUGCAAAUAGUGUCUGGGCAACUGCUUGUUGAUAGUGUUGGCUGGUAAUAGUUGU